AUGCUCCGGAGACAGGAGAAGGUGGUAGCCCAGACGACCAACUUGGAGCCCUACAUCCCGGGGGAGAAGGCCCGACAGUUGGGCACCCGGGACGAGAUUGAGGAGUUCCCCUUGAGAGAGGACAGGCCCGACCAGGUCCUUCGCAUCGGUGCGUUGCUGCCUUCCGAAGAGAAGGAGGGGUUAAAGGCCCUGCUGAGGGAGUACUCCCGGGUCUUCGCGUGGACGGUUGAGGACAUGCCUGGGAUUCCGACUGACCUGGCCGUCCACCACCUCAACGUAGAUCCCCGCUUCAAGCCGGUGAAGCAGAAGAAGAGGAAUUUCACCCCAGAGAGGAAUGAGGUGAUCAAGAAGGAGGUUGGCAAGCUGUUGGAAUCCAAGAUCAUCCUGGAGGUAUAUUACCCGACCUGGCUAGCCAACCCGGUUCUAGUGAAGAAGGAAGACCAAUCUUGGAGGAUGUGUGUGGACUUCACAGACCUCAAUAAAGCCUGUCCAAAGGAUUGCUUCCCUUUGCCGAGAAUUGACAUGUUAGUAGACUCUACUGUGGGUUUUGACGUUCUGUGUUUCCUGGAUGCCUUCAAGGGAUACAACCAGAUAGAGAUGGCUGAGGAGAACCGGGAAAAGACUUCCUUCAUUACUGAGGAAGGGACGUACUGUUACCGGACUAUGCCGUUUGGGCUGAAAAACGCUGGAGCUACCUACCAGCGCUUGGUCAACAGAUUGUUCCAGAAUCAGGUCGGCAGGAGUAUGGAGGUCUACGUGGACGAUAUGAUCGUCAAGAGCCGAACUGACCGGCAGCUCGUUCCCGACCUGAGGGAAAUCCUGAACAUCCUAUGGGAAAGCCGGAUGCGGCUGAACCCGAAGAAAUGCACCUUCGGGGUUAGGUCGGGAAGGUUCCUGGGAUUCCUGGUCUCCCGAGAGGGGAUCCGGGCUAAUCCAAAUAAGCUCCAGGCCAUCAUAGAUAUGGCCCCUCCGAAGAAUAUAAAGGAGGGAGAAACCCUGUUCCUAUACUUGUCCAUUUGCAACGAGACCGUUAGUGCGAUUUUGGUGCGGGAAGACAAGGGGGCUCAGAGGCCAAUAUAUUACGUCAGCCGUGCUUUACAAGAGCCGGAAACGCGGUACACAUCAGCAAAAAAAUUGGUCCUGGCCUUGGUGCACGCCGCCCGGAAGCUCCGACCUUACUUCCAAGCCCACAGCAUCGUUGUCGUGACUGAUCAGCCCUUACGACAGAUACUCACGAAACCGGAGGUCUUGGGCCAAAUGACCAAAUGGGCCGUCGAACUAGCCGAGCAUGACAUUGGCUACCAGCCUCGCACUGCUAUCAAAGCUCAGGUCCUGGCGGACUUCCUUGCUGAGGGGGCCGGUUUGUCUGUGACUGAGUCAAGCUCCCCGCCCGAGGAGGUACAGCCGGAAGAGCCGUGGGUACUGUUUGUGGACGGGGCCUCGAGUAAGGAGGGGAGCAGAGCCGACCUGCUGCUCACCUCGUCCACCGGGGAAGAGCUGACAUAUGCGCUCAGAUUUGACUUUCCGGCAUCCAACAAUGAGGCAGAGUACGAGGCCCUAUUGACUGGGUUGCGGGUAGCCCACCAGAUGGGUAUAACCGCGAUCAAGGUCCGGAGCGACUCCCAACUCGUGGUCCACCAAGUUCGCGGGGACUACGAGACCAAGGAGGACAUCAUGAAAAAAUACUUAGCCAAGGUACGAGAGGUGAUAACCCUGUUUGAUGUUUUUGAAAUCGAGCAGGUGCCGAGAUCACAGAACAAGCGCGCGGACGCCCUGUCAAAACUGGCGUCCUCUUCGUUUGCUCACCUGAACAAGGAAGUCUUGGUGGAGGUAGUCAAGCGAAAAUGUAUCGACCAGGUCCAAGUCUUGGCCAUAGACAGCCCGGCCUCUUGGAUGACUCCCCUCGUGGAUUUCCUCAGCUCGGGUGUCCUCCCCGAGGACAAAACCGAGGCCCGACGACUCCAACUCAGGGCAUCAAGUACGCCUACGUUGGGAGGACCCUCUACAGGAGGUCGUAUCUGUCUCCCUGGCUAA